UAGUAAUACAUACAGUUAAUUAUUAAUUUGUUAAUAAUAUUAAGGUUAAAAAGAAGAAUAUACUUUUUUUAAUAUAUACUUACAUAUCAGUGAAGUCUGUCAACUUGAACCGCGUGUUGCCAAGCAAACUCGCUUACGUCACUGGAAUAUAUUUUAUGUCUUUUAGAGGGACGCAGUUAGAGGAAUGAUUAGAUACAAGAUGGAUUUCCGUGUGUUUUUAUCCGUGAUCAUUUUGGUGUCUAUUUUCAUUCUAGGUAAAAAUAAUGUUGAAUCAGCCUUAAUUGUUACAUCCGCUGACGUAAAUGCAACAGGUAUUGAAAACGGACUUAGUGCGACAUUUGCUUUCACCGGACCAACCAAUGUCACGUGUAUGAUUAUCGCAGAAAACGAAGAUGAAGUUGAGGCUCUAGAAAUUCUUCAGUCUGAUCCUCAAGCCGUGGAAACAAGCUUUAUUCUAAAUGGGUUUUAUGACUUAUACAUACCAGUUUUUGGUGAUACAGAUUUGUACAUAGAGAAGAAAGAAAAUUUCUACGUUGGAUCAUCUAUAACUGGAAUAGACAUCAGUAAUAACGUUACUGGAUCUGUGAUACCUUUCAAUGCACCGCUAGACGACGAUAUUGAUUUCACAUUCAGUUUUAGUACAGGGACUGAUGUCAAUGCAACUAUUUCACUUCCUGACGGAUGGUCGCACUCUCUUACUAACAUUAAUAACGAAUCACAUACCGUUACAAUACCAAAAGACAGAUUUAUGGAAUCUGGUCUUUAUACCGUUGAUGUUGAUUUAGUAAAUCCUUUGGCAGAAAACGGAAUUCUCAGAUCAGCUGUGUUGGCUGUACAAGCGCCUGUAGAUGGAGUCACAAUUUCGUUGACGCCGUACGAAGUUGGUAAUGAACCAGUAUAUAUAAUGGUAGGCCAAGAGUUUAAUGUUUUAAUCACACUAACAACUGGUGAUGACUUAAUGCAUUCGUUAUUAGUUGAACAAAACACAACCAUUGUGGAUUUGAAAGGAAAUUUCUGUGAAGGUCAACAGCUUCAAAACGAAAUUCCAUAUACAUUUGAAUCUGCUGGUUCCUACAACAUCACUGUUGAAAUAUCAAAUUAUGUCAGUUACUUCAGUAAAACUAUUGAGAUAAACGUUAUUUACGCUGUUGAUUUAACUUUAGAGGUUACGCCUUUGUUGUUUUCCAGUGAAACUGCCUCUUUUACUGCUACAGUAACUGAUACUGCAAAUCUGCCAAUGGGAACCGUUUCUUGUAAGGUAGAUUAUAACGAUGACUCACCGCCUGGAUACAUGAUCUUUGACAUGUCCCCUUCUACAUUUGGUGAAUUAGCUAGUACAACAAAUACCUUGACCAAAACGUAUACAGAGAGAUGGUACAAUACAAUAAUCAAUUGUACAAAUCAGCUUCCUUCCGAGGUCAACUCUUUACAAACAUACGCAGUACUUCAAAACAUUGUAAAAGUUGUUAAUGAAAUUACAACAACUUUUCAACUUUCGCAUGAUAUAGAUGACAUUGGGCAUCACCCUUUUACCAAGCCUAUAACAUUUUCAAUACAUCAGACUAGUGUUUCAGACCCUACAUAUGCUAAUGUAACUUGUGAGUUUAACAGUAAUGACGGAACAACAGAUGAACUGACAAACGUAACAGGGGAAGUAACUACUGCAAGUAAUAUAACGUUAAUAAAAACUUUCGAUGGUGGAAAGAAUCAUACUAUUUCAGUAAAGUGUAGCAAUUUGAAAUCAUUUCAAGUCUUUCCUCCAAUAACCGUUCAUGUUUAUUUCAAUUGCUGGACAACUGAAGAGUACUUUGACGCAAGCUUCAAAAAGCCAAAUGGAGCAUUCAGGUCUAAAACCAACGAGGAAUUUACGCUAAAACCAAAUGUGAGGCUUUCCGGAUUUUGUCAUGGAGAUCUAAAGCACUACUGGACGUUGUACAGAAGAUCAAACACCGGUGAACAAUUUAUUAAAAAUUUGACCAGCGAAAGUGCAACAAUAAUAAAUCUUCCCAAAUUUACUGUGGAGGACGAAGCUACAUACAAACUAGAACUUUCCACUUAUUUCGUCGAUUAUGUAAUUAUACCCAUUUUGCGUGACUUCGCAGAUAUAGAUUUCAGUUUACCACCUUUGACGGUGAUCAUGAAAGUGAAUAAUUCAGUAAACAGUAUCGAGACAAUGAGGUUAGACCACGUUUUCUUAGAUAGCAUCGACUCAUCAGAUCCAAGUGAAAAAGAUGAUUUUGAUACGAACAUUCUUACAAGAUCAUGGGCUUGUAGAACUGGAACGGCUCUUACUAAGACACACGUUGCUCAGUUUAUAGGCAGCACAGAUCUAAGUAUUUGGCCUGCUCAAGCUGAUGUCGACUGUACAUCUUAUCUGCAACCUAGUGCUGUAAAUUUCCUUGUUGAUAAGAGUAACUUCAAAUUUAACCAGUAUUAUAUAAUUUCUCUGAAAGUAGAACGCAAUACAAGGAGUUCGACAAGGGCACAGGCGUUAUAUUUUGUAGAGGACGAUCCACUUAAUAUAACGUUAAAUUGCUUGUCAUGUCCUGAUAAAACCGAUGGCUCGGCUGAUGUGUCUUCUAUCCAAAUUCUACCUUUGACAGACCUUGAGAUAAAUUGUGUUGUUCUUACACCAGGUACACAAAAUAACACCUUCGACUAUAAAUGGACAUUUCAACAGACUGAUGAUGAACACCCUAAACUCAGCGAACAAGGUUCAUCAACCGGGUUUAAGUUGACAACUGACUAUCUAAAAUCACUUCGCGAAAAACAGCCGAGUGCACAGUACAUUGUCACGGUUACGGUAAAAGCAGAUGGGUUUGCAGAUACUUCUUCAAACUUCAUCUUUGCCAUCAAUCAGCCACCAUACGACGGAAACUGUGUGUUCGAGACUCCACUAAACGGGCCAGUUACAGCAAGUAUAGAUAUUAUCACCGUCACCUGUACUGGAUGGAAGGACGAAUACAGAAACCCCCGCAGGGAUCCGUCGCAAGACAGUAAUAGCAAUGUUCAGUAUGCUGCGACUCAGGUUUAUCUCACAGAAACAGGCGAGGUGAAUGAAACCUUAGCUCCGAACGUAUAUGAAUCGACAUAUAAUACGAAAUUUGAAUUUAGACUGUUGAAGCCUCCAGGUGGUAUUAAUAUGACAAGAGUUGAGAUACGAGUUGUAGAUCAUUUAAAAACACCAUUUACUACUAAAGACCUAGGAGAUAUUCAGAUAUCGCCGGCAGUACAAGAUGAUGCUAGUGGUGAGGAAGGUGUAGCGCAGAUAGAUACAGUACUAAAUUCCACCGGUGCUGACCUACAAAAUGCUUUAAAAACGAAAAGUCUUAGCGGUGCAGCAACCGUCAUUACAUCAAUAACUAGUUGUCUUCCAGAUAACCCACUAGAAUACGAAGUGAUAAGUGUAGCUAAUGACCCAGAUGCAGGGGGCGUGUUUACUAAAAAUGAAGAUGGUGAACCAAUUUCUCCUGACGAUCUAGCUGCCUCUUAUUCAAAGCCAAAAGAAGACCCAACAGUCCUGAAAGCACAAGUGGUGAUGGUCGAAAUGACGGGCGCUCUCCUCAAUUCGACAAAAUCACAGAGUCCCGAGACACAAAAGGACCCUGAGGUACAAAAGGAAGUAGUUAAAACUAUGUCUAGCUUUGCUGGUGCAGCGAAACAUUUAACAAAGGAAUCAAAGGAGAUUAUUGCAGACGUUGCAGCAAACUUAUUUUCUAACACGAAGGAAGUUAAAAGCAAUGACCCAGUCGGGGAACAAUUCAUAACAGAUUGUUUAGAUAUGGCUGCAAAGGUGGCUUCGGCAAUGGCUCCUAAAGAGCUAAAAGGUGUAAAAAUGGAAACAGACUUAGAAGCAGAACGCGAGAGAACUGAAUACGAGAGUCAGUUUAUGAGCGAACAAACAAAGAAAGAUUUCGAAAAUGGAAAAUUAAGUCAAGAUGAAGUGGUGUUUUACAAGGCUCUAGACGCAAAGCGGAAAGCAUCUGAAGUGAACGCGAUGCGGGAUUUGUGUAAUAACUAUUCAAAAAGCAAGAGUGACUACGAAGAAAACAUGGUUCAAAAUAUGCAACUCAGUGAUGGCUCAGUGAAGUCAAUAACUACUGCCAGUGCCCAGCUUGUUGUGACAACAGACACGGUGGAGAAAUUAAAAGACAAGACGCUCAAUACAACAGGAGCUACAAUAAAAAUUAAUGGGUUAGAGAAGCUGAACAAGCUGCAAAAAGCGAAAAUCGGGCUUGUGGAGCAGAACAGCGUUUCGCAUAUUGACAAAAAGGGGAUGGCAGGAGCAGUAGCCUCUGGUGAAAAAACGUUAAUGAUUGAAACACUUGGAGAAAUUCCCGGCACCGUACAAGUUACACAAAAAGUUCCAGAAGUCAACCUAGAAACAGUUCCAGUAGUGGUUGACGCAGACGAUGCAUCUCAAUUCAUGUAUUUUCAAGUUUAUGUCAAAAAUACCUUUGUCAACUUAAAUUUUAAUAUUGAACCUGAUGUAGACUCACCUGUUAAAAUAUUGAAGUUUGUCAUCUACAUUUUGUAUUGUGAUGUCAAGGACCUAGAAUCAAAAUACGUGUCUAAGGUGGAAUACACAAGCAAGAAAGAGAUAUCUGAAGCUAAUGGGUGGGUCGCACAAUUCACAGCAUCUGAGCGUCUAGAGAAAAAAGGAAUAUACAAAAUCGGCGUUGAAACCAUCAAAGACGAGUCCUCCGAGACUGACAGAUUAACUAAAAGAUCAGUUCUGAACCAGAAUGAAACAAUAAAAUUUGGUACAGCUACCAUGGCGUGUAUGACAUGGGAUGAUAUUAGAGAUGAAUGGAGAUCAGAUGAAUGUACAGGAACUUGGAAACCAAAGACAGGCGAACUUGAUUGUGACUGCAAACCUAAGAAGAAAAUGACUUUUGCUAACUCGUUUUAUGUUGCACCAAAUAAAAUUGACUUUAGCUCCGUGUUCCUUAAAUUUUCACCUUUGAACCAAGCAGCGGUAAUGGCCGUCUUAAUUCUUAUUUUCAUCAUUUACAUAUUGAUCAUCAUAUGGACAAGGCGACAAGAUAGGAAAGACUUGUUGAAGUGGGGGAUUACUCCAUUAUCGGAUAAUUUCAUGGAAGAUAAUUAUUUCUAUGUCAUAAAAGUGUUCACCGGAAUGCGACCUGGUGCCGGCACUAAAUCACGUAUUUGCAUGGUAAUAUGUGGAGAAGAAAUGGAUACAGGGGUCAGAGAGUUGUAUGAUGGAGUCAGGGAGGAAUUUUCAACGGGAAGUGUUAUGAAUUUCCUUAUGUCUACCACUGUUUAUCUUGGUGACCUUGAUUACAUUCGGAUAUGGCACGACAAUUCUGGUGGUGGUAGCUAUGCAUCAUGGUACCUGAGCAGGAUAGAUGUGCAUGAUGUACAGCGAAAUGAAUCGUUCUCGUUUUUGGGAGAAAGAUGGCUGGCUGUUGAAAAAGAAGAUGGCCUCCUUGAGUGUAUCUUACCAAUUUGCAAAACAGAAAAUCUUAACAUUUUCAAAAAUCGCUUCUUUAUGAAUGCAAAAGACAACCUAGCCGAUAGCCACAUAUGGAUCUCUGUUGCAUAUCGUCCACAAGUGAGUAAUUUUACUCGCACCCAAAGAGCAUCAUGUGCCUUGUUGUUUGUGAUGCUUACCAUGAUAGCAAAUGCAAUGUUCUUCAGAGGAUCAAAUGAAGAUAAUUAUGAAACGCCGGCAGAGUUACAAGUUGGACCAUUCAGGUUCUCAUUACAACAGAUAUACAUAUCUUUCGUUUGCGCCUUGAUUGUUACUCCGGGAACAUUAAUAGUGAUUUACCUGUUCAAAUUGUCGAAAAGAAUUAUUGACCCCAACGAAACCUUAUUCAAAGCAAAUGAUAAAGCAAGUCGAUACAAAAUACCAUUCAUGAAAAAUUGGCUGGAAAAUGAACAAAAGCGUAGCAUGGAGCUGGAACAGCACUUAGUGCAGAAAGGAUUACCAAACAUGCAGGGCUUUUCAUUGCCGCAUUGGUGUAGAUACGUUGCAUGGUUCAUAGUGAUUGUGACGUCAUUCAUAUGCGCGUUCUUCAUCAUGUCAUUCAGCAUGCAAUGGGGGAAACAAAAGUCGGAGGAAUGGAUCACAACGUUCCUGUUAUCUUUCUUUGAGUCGGUGUUCUGUUUAGAUCCAGUCAAGGUCGGAAUAAUGGCUGUUGUACUGGCGAUCCUGUUCCGGUCUACUAAAGAUUCGGAGGCUCCUGUCAACAGAAGCACAAUCAUGAAGAGAUAUUCGUCAAGUCUACGAGGAAAAUCAAAAAGCCUUCGACUGCCUGCACCGCCACUUGAUCAAAAGAAAUUGGAAAAAGCACGUGAUGAGAAGAAUCGAGACAUGCUCAUGAAGAGGGCGCUGCGAGAUAUAAUUGUUAACAUCAUAAUUAUCUGGAUCUUGUUCAGUAUCAGCUUCAGUAACAGGGACACUAUGUCUUACUAUAUGCAUAAGAGAGUAGUUGAUUCGUUCCUUACACCUCCAAAUAUGCCUGCGUUUGAAUCGAUUAGAACAACAACUGACUUUUUUGAUUGGAUGCAAAAUACUGCUAUUAUAAAUGGAUUUCCUGAGUUUGAGAAUGAUGCAAAAAAUACACCGUUACAUUGGAGAGUUCGGCAAUUUACAGAAGGUGGAACUCAUUUCAGAGUCGGGCCGCCGAGACUGAGGCAACUUCGAACUACUAAAAAAUCGUGUACAAAUUCCCCAUUUCCAACUGUGAACUGCUACAAAAAGUAUUACGAGACAAACGAAGAAACGGAGAAUUAUUGUAUCGGUUGGAAAGAUGGUACUUGUCACCCUGAUGAGAAAAUAUAUAACUUUACAUCCGACGCUUGGAAGUUCACGUCAGCCUUUGAUAUUUGGGGUAUGCCUAUAUCCGGCUACUAUACAACUUACGGUGGCGGAGGUUAUAUAGCUAAAUUAAGUGUAAACAGGAAAGUCAGUGUUUCCAUAAUGGAUGAAUUGUAUAGAAAUUCUUGGGUAGACAGACAGACUAGGGCAGUGCUGUUCGAAUUCACGCUGUACUGCUUAAAUGCGAAUAUAUUCACUUACAACAUGUUCAUGGUCGAAUUUCCUGAGACAGGUGGGGCCAUACCGUUUUAUAUGAUUCUACCAAUGCGCGUAUUCCUCCACCAAGGACCUCUAGGAUUAUACACUUUAGCCUGUGAAGUACUCUUUGUAUUGUAUCUGAUCUUUUUAACUGUAACGAUGAUCAUACAAAUGUAUCAGCAAAAGAAAGACUUUUUCAAACAAGGAUGGCAGAUUUACGACAUGAUAUUCAUCAUUCUUGGAUAUGUUGCUAUAGCAAUGAACAUUGUUCAAGUUGUCUUUACAAAUAUGAGCUUGGACGUAUUCCGAGAAGACAAAAAGGCAUUCGUAAACUUUUACCAUCUGGCAUUAUGGAACACCUUCCUCGUUUUACUUAUCGGUAUUCUGGUCUUCAUGGCAACGGUCCGGAUGUUGAACAUCCUUGGUUACAAUAAAAGAAUCGGUGCCGUCGCUAAAGUAUUUACCAAGGCAGCAAGUGAUCUUCUAUGGUUUGGCUUAUUCUUUUCAUUCGUAUUCGUCUGCUACGCUGCAUUCGGAUUCCUUCUGUUCGGAUGGAAGCUGAAGUCGUACAAAAACGUCUUUAAAACCAUGGGCACUUUAUUCAUUAGCAUGAUAGGAAAGAGUCGUUUCACAGAAAUCGAGGAAACUGAUCCUGUUUUCUCGAAAGUGUACUUCAUGUGCUUUAUUUUCUUUGUCGUUUACAUGAUCUUAACCAUGUUUUUGGCUGUCUUGUCAAAGGCAAUUGAUCAGGUCCAUGAGGAUACGAAGAAAGAUAAAAGCGAGGAAAUGGUGGAUUAUUGUAUCAAGAAGUUAAAGGGGUUAUUAUCGUAUGGCAGUGGCACAAAAAAGGCUACAGUUAAACCAGCACCGUGGAGUCGUGGAAAUCGCAAAGAAUACCAAGGUGGAAAAUUCAACAAGGCUACGAACCGUGAAAUUCUACAAGAAAUACGAGAAACGAUGAAUGAGGCUUUGACAGGUAAUGCAAGAGACUUCACUACUCCCGAUUCUGAGCACAGUAAACGACAGGUCAAGUUCCGGCGUUAACAACUUAAGUUUAGGCGUUAACAACUUAAGUUUAUGAUUUAGCAAAUCGUUAUCAAACGUGUUGAAUCAGCUAUAAACAUUGACUAAUUUGUGUUUAUAUUUCUCUUAAAUUGACAUGAACAGUAAAUAGAUUUGUCAAUGUGCAACACAUUUUUUUUAUCAUAGAAAUAUAUUUAUUUGCAUGUAAUGUAAUGUAAUGAGUUAUACAUGUAUCUUGUUAUUUAAGCUUGUUUUUCUAUGUAAAUACAUGUAUGCAUGAAACCUAGGCUACAAAAUGAACACGAUUUAAUCAAUUUUGUUUUAAUGAAAAUUGAGAUCAUACGUGUGUGCGUGUACGUGUGUUGGGUGGUGGAUGUGGCUGUUAUGCAAGUGCCUAAACAAAACAGACUCGAAAUAUCUGUCCCAACGGCACUUGAUUUCGAGAAGGGGUCGUCUCAAAACAAGCCAUUGGAAGUUUUAAUUAAUGUUAUCAUGUUAGAACUUGUUUACCCAACAAAUUUGCCUUUUUAUUGUUGUUGUUCUAUUUUGUGUGUAUAUUUGCAUGUAUAUAGACAAAAAAUAUGGUAAAACUAAACUAACUAAAACAAAAGUUUAGAAAAAUUCAAGAGUUAUUAUUGGGACAGCCAAGCAUAAUUAACUUUCGUAAAAUCCGUAUUAAUCUUUUAUUGAAACCGUAUGAAUAUUUAACUUAUACCUACAGUUGUUUUUUUAUCAUUAUCUUGACGUUAUUAUAGUAUUUUUAACUUUUGUAGAUCUAUAAUUAUCUUUUACUGCAAAAGUUUUAAUAAAGUCUAGUAUAUUUCACAAUAUUUAUGUAACCAAUAAAUCACGUAGAUACGAUUAUGCACUUCGGAAACAACGAUGUCAACAUAGACAGAUAACUCCUUAUUUCUGUAGCACGUUUUAUUUUUAGUUUGUAAUAUAAUUAAAAUUUUGUUAGUGAACUUUUUAUCAUUUUUUAAUGUUCCUGUUCUAGACAGAUAAUGUAGGUGAAACAGCCUAACACGUCGAUAGUAAUUAAAAACAAUUAAACUCUUUCAAGUACAAAAAAUGUAUGUGAUAUGCGAAAAAAUAACAACAUCAAACAGUCCAGUUUCUACUAUAACAUGUUAGUCUGAAAUUGUUGGUAAUGGAAAUAAUUUACACACAUUCAUCGCUAAAAAUAAAACUUUUCUGAAGCAGUGUGUAAAAUUUUUAAAAAUAAAUUAAAAUUAAAUUCUUAACAAAUAUACAAAUCAAAAACGAAAUCAUUUUAUCAAAACAGAAUACAUUUCUGUAAUUAAUGUAUGUAAUUAUGUGAACAAACACAAUUGUAUUUUAAGCCUUUUUAAUUUUUUUAGUAUAUAUAUAGCAUACAAUUAAAGAUCUUAUGCAAAUAGCUUAGAUUUAAAGUUUGUGUGAUUUUAAAGUUUAUAUACUUUUAACAACCGAGUAAAUCUUUUCACUGAUUGAUUCGUAAUUGAUCAAACUUUUGUCUGAUAAAAGACAAAGGCUGGAAAUAGACCCUGUGUUCACUAAGAAAAGAUCAGGAUCAGGAUCAAUGGAUCCUGAUUUUAUUUUUAUUGUUUAAUUAAUAAAAAUUAAUGUGUUUUGCUAGAAUUGAAUGGUAAAUAUUCAAAAUGUAACAAACUAUUUUGGGAUAAAAUCAACAAAUAACAAAACAAAUACAAAAAUAUUCGGAUUAAAAUAAGGAUCAAGUUUAGGAUCAAGAUCAAUAUUUGGAUCAACUGUAAAAUGCCCGUAUCUUGCAAAAAUAACAAUUUUAUUCUAAAUUUUCAUCAACUUGCUAUUGCAAGUCCAGUUUAUUAAUAUUAGAUAUUUAAUCUAUAAGGAUAAACAAUGAAUAUUAAAGCUUUUAAAUUUGCUCCUGAUCCUUAAAUCUCUGUGAACACGGGGCCAGGUUACUGGAAAAGAAAUGCAAAAGCAGUUUUAUAUAGUUAAAUGUAUGUGAAUAUGUCACAAUAUAAUACAAAUGAAUUCGUUUACUCUCCUGAUAGUAUAGUACAAGUUCCGAUUUUAUCUUAAUAUAAAAUCCAGAAUUGGUAACAACGUCUAGUAGACACUGUAAUUAUAUUUAAGAUUUUACCAUGUUACACUAAAAUGUUUGCUUGUUACACUACAGUUAUUAUCUUGUUGCAUUAAAGAUUUAUCUUGUUACACUAUUUUUUUUCAUUUUGUUACCCUUAGCUGUGAACACUAAAGUUUUUGUCUUGUUAUAUCAAAGAUUUAUCUUGUUACAUUAAGGAAUUGUAUCUUGUUACUAUAUGGUUUAUAGCUUGUAACACUACAACUUUUAUCUUGUUACACGAAAUUUUCACCUUGUUUAAUAACAGUUUUAAUCGUCUUGUUACUUUAAAGUUUUUAACUUGUUACACUAUAAAAUAUCAUAAAAAAGCGGCACUUCAUAUUCUUUUACAAAAUCAAUAACCUGUUGAAACCUAAAGUGCCUUUGCCAACAACAUAGAGCCGAGUCAGCCUUCCACACCCGGGCAGUCUGACCAGGCGGUGUGCUGUAGGUUGCUCAAAUGUUGUAUUUUGUAAUUAAAAUACCUCAAUUUUAAAAUGGACUGGUCAAAUUUGAAAAAAAAAAAAAUAUCUGAAUACACAAAUACAGCAGAUUAACGGAUUAUACAGGUAAACACAUAAAUGAUGAUAAACACAAACAAUGCUAUUAAUACCAAAAAAAGUAUAAAAUUUUAUAUGCUGAAAAAUAGUUCUACCACAUUGGUAUACUGCAUUUAUAAAGAUUCUAAUAUUUACUUCUGUAAAUGUGCGAGAAUUUCUAAAGUUUCUAAACUAAUUCUAUAAAUCAUGUUAGUUUGUGAUAUAACAUUUUCUAAAUAAAACGAUGUGCCGCUUUUAACAA